AUGGGCCGUCGAUGCACUGGCUCGACCAGUUGCCCGAUUUCACGGCCACACUCCAACUGCCAGGAAGAGGUAGGCCGACUUAGUACCUGGUACAUGCCGAAAAAACAGCCCAUCCCCACCGUCAAAGUGCAUCAAAGUGCCCCAAUCUCGACUCGGCUUUGCAUGCAAUCGUUGGGCGAGACAUGCACAAACUGCCUACGCCCAAGGCGACUAUGCUGA